AUGCGGUCUGUGGCGCUCAAUGAAUACCCCUGUAAAGAUAAUGUGGCGUAUGUAAAAGAUGUCACCAUCCAAUUAUCACACUUCAUGUUUAGAAGAGAUGAGUUAAUGGACAGAAACACAAAUCAGAAUAACGUGUCUAGUUGGCUUUUAGGCUUGAGACAUCAGCCAUGCACCGCUGAAUCGGAAAAAGUGAUUGUUUACCUGAAUACUCUCCAUGAGGGCCUUAUUAGUUGUAAGACUCCCGAGGAAUGCAAUAGUCGAUAUCCUCAAGGAAUAAACACUUUGACAGAGCUGGCGCGUAAAGACGGUAUUGCUCUGGAUCCCGUACUGUGCAAACAUCUUGUGAACUGCCUUCUGGAGUAUUCGAAGGUUAUCGACAGUGCUGACAAGUCACAAAAUGAAUUGCACAACCAUCAUCGACGAGAUAAGGCAUCGCACAAUCUUGCCGAUUAUUGUGGGGUGGGAACUACUAGUCUGGACCAAGCCAUUGUCAACGAAUCAGUGGGUAGUAUCACGCGGUUUCUCGACAUGAUGGAGCAAAAUUCGCGCGCUCUUUCGGUAAUUAUUGUUCUCAUUGUACGCAAAAAACGCCUACUUUUUGCAAGUGGUGACCCUGAUUUUAUACACUGUCGAACACAGCCAGAAUGCCUGAGAAAGGUUUCAGAGAAAUGUAUUCCAAUGUUGGGCGACACGCGUUUCCUGAAUUUGAUCGGUCGAAUAGUUCGGGCAGCAACAUGUAGCGUUUUCGAAGAUAAGAUGGCAUUAUCGGAAACCUUUAUAGAGGAAUUAAUAUAUUAUAAACACGACUCGUUUGAAUUAUUAGACGAUGAAGCAAAAUUCGGAGUAUGGGCUUGCUUUCCUGCCGCCUCUGAAUUUGAGAUUAUGAGCCUUUUUCGAGCUUUCUUGUCCACCAGUGAUCAAACCUACGUCUCACCCUGGCAAAUAAGAAAGAGUCUACGUGCUAGUCUUUUUAUUCGAGGCAUAUUUGCACGUCCGCGUCUUUUACAUAUAUCUAUCGAAAUUUUGGUCAACAUUCUAAAUGAAAUGGAAGAUUGGCGCGUGGUUAGAUUAGCGGGAUGCUUAGUAGAGUGCAUUGUUGAUCGUUCUAUUGCCACAGGAGGGUCACUGAUAUCAGAGUCAUCAACAGAUUCGUUGGAUAUAUUGGUUGGUUAUAUAUCAAGAGAAGAACCCAGCGUGCGAACUAUUUCGAAAAUAAACUCCAUUAGAAACAAUAUAUCUUUGGAAUGUCCACCUGCAGAGAUUUAUAAACGGAAACAAUGUGUUUGGUUACUCUUAAUGUCUCUGAACAAAUGGCGUUAUUGGAUCAUUCGAGCCAUUUUCGACAGAAAUAGUUUUCCUCGCGUGGUUGAUCUUGAGCCGCUUAUUUCGUAUAUCGUAUGGCUUUCAUACCCUCAACGCGAAUCGGUAUGCCUGGAUACUAUGAAUGUAAUUGGAGAUAUUAUUUGUUAUCUUCGAGCGUGGCUGUGUGUGGGGGGAAACGAUUAUGGGCCAGUUAUCUCCCAUUUGAAUCGGUAUAAACAUAUAUUCAAGAACAAUAAUUUACUAGUGGAUCUUUCGCUUGGCUUAUGGUCUGCCGUUGGGUCAUCGAAAUUGCUAGAAGCAUUGAUCAAGCCAUGCAUUGCUGCAAGCAACGGAGUGGGCACACAGACUGGAGGGUCCAGCCAUAUCAGUCUCACAGCUCUUACGAUUAUUUUGGAUUAUCUGCAUGAGAAUCAAUUUCUUGCCAUUGAAGAUGAGUACCUGGGAGAAUUUACUAAGAGUCUAGAAGGGGAUUAUCGACUAUUCUUGUCGCAAAUUUAA